CGCGAGACUACCUUCGGAGACGGGCGCGUAAGCACGAAAUCGCGUUGACGCCCACCACGGAAGCACAUCCGGCGAUGACCAUGAGCGCCCCGACUCCCGCCAUCCACUCGCUCAGCGCGCCGCCGCGGCCGCAGGCGCCGGCAACGCCUCCUCUCCGGCGCGCUACCUCCGCGGUAUCCACCCUCCGGGAGUCCCCACAGCCGCCUCUAGCGCCCCUGAGCAUCUCCUCUCGCCGCGCCGCCCUCCUCGCCCUCGUCCUGGCCGCCUCGCCGGCAAGGCCCGCCGCCGCCGCCUUCUCCUUCAGCUUCCCUGGGCCGAAGGAGUUGCUGCGGGAGCAGAAGAGGAAGUCGGCGCGCUUCCUCCUCGCGCCCAUCGCUGCCUCCCGCGAGACCCUCGUCAAGGCCCAGAACCUUCUCGCUUCGGAGAAUGCGUCUGCGGCGGACGCGGAGGAGGUGAGGGGGCGGCUGAGCGCGGCGGGGAGGGACUGCGUGCCGCGGGAGAGGAACUCGGUAGUCGCCUUUCAGUCACGAACCGGCGUCGAGGUCUGCACAUUCAGCUUGAUUCUGAAGAAUGCCGCGUCGCUGCUCGACGAUAAGGAUCCUCUCAAGGUUGAAGCUGAUACCAGCCUUGCAGAGCUAAUACAAUCAUUCUCUGACCUGGGAACUGUGGUGGAGAACAGUAACUUUGAGCUCAGUGAUGAUAGAAAGAAGAUGAAGGAUGACCUGCUGAGCACUAUCUCCGCCCUUGAUAAAUACGAACAGGGUGUUAAGGAUUGUUUAGGUGUAUAGAAUACUUUGCUGAUUUUCGUUAAGUUUACUCUGAAGCAACUCUUGAGGAUUGAAAUCAUUUCAGAAUAUAAAUCGUUUUGUUUUCCUGCCAUGUGUGGUAAGGGUUUU